GCACGAGUGGAAGCACAAAAGGAAGUGCAGAACCAGGACUAGGAGAACAGAGAGGACGACAUCGAUUAUAUGGAAGGAGAGGUAGCGUCAACUAAACCAGGCAGUACGGCCACCUCGCUCAAACGGAAAACCAGGGCAGAGGAAUCGAGUGAGAUGGAACAGAGCGAGCAAGGGGAGCAGGGUAGCAAAAGGGCACAAUCAAAAGGAACCAGGGACACAAGUGAACCCCAACAGUCACGGGGGGAUCCGGACCAGGAGAUGGAGACAAAACAGGUGGGGUCAGGGGCUCUCAGCCCAUUGGAGGAGCCAAUGGAAGUUUCACAGCAAGCGGACAGCAGCCAGUCCCGAUCACACAAGCAGGAAAAGGGAGAAGCAACAAGCCAAGAUGACGGAGACACAAGCAAAGGGGGGGAGUCUUUUGAAGAAGGGCCAGCCAGUUCCGUUACUGAACCUAAACGAGGAAGAGAGAGGGGGGAUGGAGAGGAGGGCGAAGAAUCGGAUGAGAACUCAAGGGACGACGGAUGGGAAGAUGCAGAGGAGGAGGAGGAACAAGAAACGCUAGAAAGAUGGGUCAAGUGUGUGCAUGCGCUGGAAUGGGAGCAUCAUGUUGAGUGCGAGAUUCGUCUCGCACACCACAAGCACCUGCGAAACUUGAAGGAGGCCACGACAACAACGGAGGGCAUCACCAUUACAAAUCGCUUCGAGAUAUUGAAAAAGGAGAAAAAAAUAAACGAAUUUUAUGUUGCACAAUACGGGUGGAAGGCACAACACCGCAACAAUGACAUCCAGGUGCAAAAUGAGGGUUACAGCAAGCAAUUCGAGUGGCCAAAGACCUACCAACCAAAGGGAAUGAAGCGGUCUGAGCGCAAGAAGAAAGCGCAACAAGAAACGCAGCAGGCAGACAAGCAAGGACAAAGCCAAGCAUCAACGGAGGAGGAAAUGGGAGACGAAGAGCUAAUGGAGGACGUGCGUAGGCAAGCAGCGAUUUUGGAGGCUCAGAUUAAUGUCCUUAAAGACCAGAAUCCGGAGUUGGAUGAAGACACCAUGAAUUUAGAAAAGAUAGCUUAUACGCCACACAAGGAAAAUGAAGCAGCGGAGAGAUUACAUGCCAAAAACUCACCCAGACGCAGGGUCAUUCUCCCAUUCAGGUGGAAUGAGGACCACAAGGAGUGGGAGGUUGCAAUUCAUCGAUCGUUGGCACUAGUCACGCUAGAGGAGGCCAACUUUUCUGGUCAGUCCCUGAAAGUAACUAUCUUAGAGGAUCUGCCAACCCAUGCAUACGUGAUAGGGGACUGGAAGCAUCAAAGGGAAGACAACGCGGAUACAGCGAGCGCAAUACAAACAGCGGACUACAUGCCAAUUAUGUUCAGGCUACAGGAAACGGCGAAGCUGAGCGAGGGCCUGAUAUGGAUGCCAUGGCAGGUGGUGGAGACCAUCCUCUAUGGGUUGUUAGGAGGAUUGGUGGCGGUAGAAUGGGUGGCUAGAAGUGCGGCGAUCGUUGUCAAAGCCGACACCUUUUCGUGGAAGUCGGAGUUCAUUGAGAAGAGGAUUGCACGGGGCGCAACAAGGUUGGAUCUAUUAGAGUCAGGCUCUUGAACACCCCUUAAAGACGAGCAUGAGCGCAGGUGAAUGACAUUUUCCAAUGCAGGACAACGAAGGAAGGAGGCUGGAGAAACGUAGAAGAUUGGUGCAGGCACAACCAAGGAUGGAUCCUGAGAUCAGAGUGGUCUCCUGAAACAUAAACGGGCUGGCGCAGAUUUUGGACAACCCGGACAAGUGGAACAAUUUCGUCCAAUACUUAGGAUGGUUUGGACACAAUCCUCCGGACUUCGUAUGCUUACAAGAAACUCAUUUGACCACCUCAGAAGAGCACGAGCAAGUCAAGAAUAGCAUCUUACAAAGACUGAGAUGGGUAGCAGCAGACUGCUGCGCUCCGACUCCAUGCUCACAUUCGGCGGGGGUGGCAAUGCUUCAAACCAAGUGGGCCUCUGCAGUAAAGAAGUUGAAGAUAG